CCAGAGUAAACAGAGUGAAAAAGACUGACAGAGAGGAACAUAAAAGGCCUGGAGGUAAAGAAACGACUACUUAUUAAAAUCCUAUAGAAUUUAAAGAUCCAGCACAUUGGAUCCUGCAUGGCACACUCAGGUGAAGACACACUCACAGCGAUGAAUGUAGAGAGGAUUAUCGAGUGUAUCAGAGAGGGCGAUCAGAAAGGACUCAAGGCAGAACUACAGCAAUUUAAUCGAGAGUACGCACAGUGCUUCUUCUAUGAUUUGGAGGAGAGGGAGAGAAGAAAAAGGCAGGAGCUGGAAGAGUUCAGAAAGAAUAAAGUGCGGGAUUAUGUGUCCGACUCGGAUUCAGACUACGAUGAGUCCUGUAACCCAGACGUCAUUUUGAGACAGGCUCUGGCUACAGUUUUGGUCAGGUUCCUCCAGACUGAACCGCAAGGGCGUGUGCUGAAAGUAUGUCUGAGAUCCUUACGAAUCCUCUCAAGAGACAAAAAGGUUAUGGGACCUCUGGUCACUGACAGAGCGCUGCUCACUCUAGCCCACCUGGGCGGCAUCAGCAAUGCACCUAUUCCAAUAGAAGACACUGACAAUGAUGUUGACCCCUAUAAUGACGUCAUCGUGGCUAUUUCUGAGAUCAAAUUAGGCCAAGCAGAUGAGGAUGAUCACGGUGGUGAGGAAGACGAUGGUUCUGAGGCUGUAAUCAGUGAUGCGAACGACCCUGUGGUCUGGGGGCCAAGCGAUUGGUGUGGUGAUCGCAAGGCUAGCACAUUUUCAAGCAUGAGCCUCGGACCUUCUCGCAGGAGGAGCAGCGUUUUUAAAGCUCUCACACCUGGUAAAAGAGACAGCAGAGGAAGCCUGGGAGGAGGGGAGGAAGAGGAGGAAAAAGAUGACGAAGAGGAAACCAGGAAGGAAGUUAUGAAAAUCUUAUGUAACAUUGUUUACAAUAGUGCUUGGGCACAAGAGAGAGCCAGUGAACUCAGUAUCCUCUGUGGUCUGACGGAAAAGCUAAAUAAGGAGUUUCAGUCUGCAUCUUCUCCUUGUGGCCAGUUUUACACGCUCCGGUUCAUGUUUUUACUGACGGCGCUGAGACCUGAACUCAGAACACAGCUGAAACAAGAGGGAGGAGUGCCUCUGUUGACCACAGUGCUGGAGAAGUGUUUAUCAGUACAGUGGAAGGAACAGUUCAAGGUUGUGCUGGAUCCUGCAGCGCCUUUUAUAAGUGUGGAAGACUCACAGCAGGCUCAGGAGGCUCUGAAGAUCCUUUUUAAUAUCACACACAGCACACACACUCAAGAACCUGAAGAGGAAGAUGCAUCUCUCUAUCGCCACCUGGCUGCAGUUUUGCGUCACUGUCUGAUGGUGUCCUCUGAGGAGGAGGAAGCUACAGAUGAAUUAAAGGGGCAUGCAGCGAACAUGCUGUCUGCUCUCCCGUUGAGUUGUCUAGACGUUCUGGUAUCCGUGCCUCUGGGUCCAGACUCACACCAGAUGAAUGGAGUCAACAUGGACUGUGUGCACGACCUACUCAUGUACAUGGAGAGAAAACUGGAGCAGGGUGAAAAGGUCAAAGAGAGACUGACCCCUGUGCUGAAUUUGCUGACCGAGUGCUCCCGAGGUCACAGAGAGACAAGACGCUACCUGAGACAACAGAUUCUGCCUCCAUUAAAGGAUGCUAGCACUAAACCUGAAAAGGGCAACACCUUGAGGAAUCGUCUGGUUAGACUGAUGACCCACCUGGACACUGAGCUCAAACACUGCGCUGCUGACCUGCUCUUCGUGCUGUGCAAAGAAAAUGUGAGUCGUUUCGUCAAGUACACUGGAUAUGGGAAUGCUGCUGGGCUCCUGGCCACUAGAGGCUUGCUGGGAGGUCAAAGGUCACAGGCCUCAUCAUCAGGAGCACAGUACUCUAGCGAUUCAGACUCCGACACCGAGGAGUACCGGCAGAUUAAAGACAAAGUGAACCCAGUGACGGGACAGGUGGAAGAGGAGCAGCCUGACCCCAUGGAGGGAAUGACGGAGGAGGAGAAAGAGGAGGAAGCUCAUCGGCUCAUCAGUCUUUUUAACAAACUCUCAAAGGAUAAUAUGAUUCAGCCAAUGGGAUUGAACCAAGAGGGUCAGCUGGUGCCAAUGUCAGAGCUCAAGGACCUCUCAAUGGAGGAGAGGGAAUCUGAGGAAGAAAAUGAUGACCUGGAGAAUGUGGAGUAGAAUCGACAUAGAUGUGGUGAACUUUUAAGGUGAUGUAGUUACACACUACUACAUGUACUUACUAUAGUGAUAACAGUAAAUUAUGCAUAACUAACCCUUAAAAAAACCCUAACCAUAACUCUAUAGUAAGUACAUGUAGUUAAUUAAUAUUACUUAGUACUUAUUUGAGUAAUUACAAUGUAACUACGUCACCUUAAAAUAAAGUGUAAACAUGUAUUUUGAUAUUAUAAUAUCUAGUCUUAACAGUUUGACAGCUUAUGUCUAAAAACAACCUUAAAUAAUACCUGAAUAUGUCUAAUUAAUUAAGGCACUUAAAUUUAUUAAUAAUAUACCAUUCAAAAGUUUGGGAUCAAUACGAUUUAUAUUGGAAAAAAAUGUAUUCAGCGUGAAUGCAUUAAAUUGAUCAAAAGUGACAGUAAAGACAUUUAUAAUGUUACAAACGAUUUCUAUUUUGAAUAAAUGCAGUUAUUUUAAAUUUUCUAUUCAUUAAAGAAUCCUGAAAAAAUGAUUAAAGCUGUUUUCAACAUUGAUAAUAAUAAGAAAUGUUUCUUGAGCAGCAAACCAGCAUAUUAGAAUGAUUUCUGAAGGAUCAUGUGACACUGAAGACUGGAGUAAUGAUGCUGGAAAUUCAGCUUUGACCAGAGGAAUAAAUUAAAUUUUAAAAUAUAUUUGAAUAGAAAACAGUUCUAUUAAAUUGCAAUAUUAUUUCACAAUAUUACAGUUUUUACUGUUUUUUGAUCAAAUAAAUGCAGCCUUGUGAGCAAAAGAGACUUCUUAAAUAAAUAUUUUAAAAAAUAUUACUGAUCCCAAACUUUUGAAAGGUAUUGUAUAUCUAAAAAAUUAAGUAUAAAUCUAAUUAUUCAGUUAGUCAAUACAUUUAAAAUAUGUUGUGAAGGACUGUAUGUUCUUUAAACAUUGUGUUGGAUGUGUUAAAUGUUUUAUUUUCUGUGAAUGUAGAAUCAGUGGUACACAUAGCGUGACAGUUUAAUGUAAGAUAGAUGUAUCCUCUAGGUCUA